GGGUCGGUGGGGCGAACCUCUCAUCCUGGACUUUUUAAUUUCUCAGGGGGAAUGAGUGAGGGUGGACAGAGGCCUUUGGCGGCGCCGUCUGUAGACUGCCUGGCCUGGGGGCGCUGGACGCGGAGACGUGGAGCCGGCCAUACAGCUCUCCUUCCAGUCGGGGGGCAAAAAGCCGAGGCGCCGCGUCUCCUUUAACCGCGGUGGGCGGGGCGAGGCGAAGCGAUCCGCGUUGCUAUUGGCGGCGGUUGGGGGCGCGGAAACUGAACGGGACGCAACUGCAGCCGCUUCUUCCUCGGGCUCUUCUGGCGCCUUGGGCGCCCCUGGCCCCGCAAUGGCUGCGCCUUUCCUGGAGGACCCCUCGCUGGAGAGGCAUUUUAAGGGCCACCGGGAUGCAGUUACCUGUGUGGACUUCAGUCUCAACACAAAGCAGCUGGCCAGUGGCUCCAUGGACUCAUGCCUCAUGGUGUGGCACAUGAAGCCCCAGUCACGUGCCUACCGCUUUGCCGGCCACAAGGACACCGUCACCUGUGUGAACUUCUCCCCUUCGGGACACCUGCUUGCCUCGGGCUCCCGCGACAAGACUGUCCGCAUCUGGGUACCCAACGUCAAAGGCGAGUCAACCGUGUUUCGUGCACACACGGCCACAGUGAGGAGCGUCCAUUUCUGCAGCGAUGGCCAGUCCUUCGUGACAGCCUCUGACGACAAGACAGUCAAGGUGUGGUCAACUCAUCGCCAGAAAUUCCUGUUCUCCCUGAGCCAGCACAUCAACUGGGUCCGCUGUGCCAAGUUCUCCCCGGAUGGGCGACUCAUCGUGUCUGCCAGUGAUGACAAGACUGUCAAGGUGUGGGACAAGACCAGCCGGGAGUGUGUCCACUCGUACUGUGAGCACGGCAGCUUUGUCACCUACGUGGACUUCCACCCCAGCGGCACGUGCAUCGCCGCUGCCGGCAUGGACAACACGGUGAAGGUGUGGGACGUGCGGACUCACCGGCUCUUGCAGCACUAUCAAUUGCACAGUGCGGCGGUGAAUGCCCUCUCCUUCCACCCGUCGGGAAGCUACUUGGUCACAGCCUCCAGCGACUCAACCCUGAAGAUCCUGGACCUCAUGGAGGGCCGGCUGCUCUACACGCUCCAUGGACAUCAGGGUCCAGCCACCACUGUUGCCUUUUCAAGAACGGGGGAGUAUUUUGCUUCUGGAGGUUCUGAUGAACAAGUAAUGGUUUGGAAGAGUAACUUUGAUGUUGUCAAUUACGGAGAAGUCCUAAGAGUGCAGAGGCCCCCAGCCACGCUGGCCAGCUCCUCCAGGACUCUGCCAGAAGUGGAUUCCCCCGUCCCACCAGGCAGGGGCAGGAGUCAGGAGUCGAUGCAGAGCCAGCCCCAAGAGCCCGUCAGCAUUCCUCAGACACUGACCAGCACGCUGGAGCACAUUGUAGGCCAGCUGGACGUCCUCACCCAGACAGUCUCCAUCCUGGAGCAGCGGUUGACACUGACAGAAGACAAGCUGAAGCAGUGUCUAGAGAACCAGCAGCUAAUCAUGCAGAGAACACCACCAUGAUCAGGGGAGCAAGAAUCAAGAGCUCGGUUAAUUUGGGGGGUGACAGGCCCGGGGAUUUGUACUAGGGAACUUGGAUAAAUAAAUAAAGGGGAUUCAGCUCUGGGAA